AUGUUUAAACUACCCUGUUUUUUUUCUGUUCUGCUUGAAUUGAUCCAUCUUGUAUCAACAAUCCUCUGUCUAGGUCAGGGUAAUAUUGACCCCACUGUGAACAACCCAUGUUCACAUGUCUGCUGUGCUGGCUGUAUAUCUGAGCGGAAGUCUUUGGAUCAGGGCUGCGGAGCGACGCAGAACAGCUUGGCACAGCACAAAGUCCUCUGUUUUGAUCUGGAAACAGAUAGAAAGGAUGGAGAGGAGUGUUCAGACAUCGAUGUUCCUUACCUCCAAUCUAAAGGGACUAUAUGUUGUAACAAGUUUCAUGACUCACCAGGACAACACUGCUGUGGGACAGAACUCUACAAUCCUCAUAGAGAGAUCUGCUGCAAUGGACACAGACAUUCCAAAGAAGAAAACAAGCGCUGCUGUGGGGUUCAAGCCUACGACAUUAAGAACAAACAGAAGAAGUGCUGCGCAGGGACACUGUACCACCUGUCAUCUAAAAUUUCGGCACAUGAAGCACAAUGCUGCGGAUCCAGCUUGCAGAAAUCAUCGGACAUUUGCUGCUCAAAUGAACACAAGGAGGUGCUCUACCUUGCCAAGACGGGAUUCAGAUGCUGUGGUCACCUCUACUACAACACGUCUCUGUGGUCAUGUUGUGCAGGGAAACUGAGCCCAGUCCACAAACCAGGACAACGUCAUGGCAGGUCGAUUAAAGAACCCAGACUUGUAUCGAUGAGCAACCUGAAUGAAGAAGAUCUCUGCAAAGAAAUGUUUAUCGGGACUGUGGACAGUGUGUCUCUGCACAGCAUCGUGUUCAGCAGUGUGUUCAAAAUCUUUGGAAGAAAUGCCACUGUGAUACAUCUGCCCUCAACUCACGUCCUGAGAGCACCCGAUCACUGCAACUCCCCAAAACUGAUCCUUGGGAAAACCUGCUUUUUUGAUCAAGUUCAUGUCUUCACUGAUUUCACCCAUGACUCUCUUCACCAGUCCCUCCAUUUUAUUAUUUCCAAAUGUUAUCGUCCUUAAACCACCUCUGGUUAACCUCUUUUAGCAGACAUUGUCAGUGUCAGGCGGUUAACUUGAAAAGCUUUCAAGUAUCUUUUUACUAAAUGCAAGUACAUACACUACCUUACUAAGCAGUUUGAAGUUAAACUACUCAAUACAUUACCUAUUGACGCUUCCUUUCAUAGUGCCGUUUCACAACUCCAUAGCUAUGGGUCAGCCUUUUAGGGCAUUAUUCAUAGUUAUUGAAACAUAUGACGUUAUUUAGAAGUAUGAAAGUACAGCACUGAUGAUGAUGAUUUGGAUGACUGAGUAGAGCUCAGUAUUACAGUCAGGAGAUUUGGUUUAAGGUCUCAGAACGAGUCACAGUUGAAUUACCUUUGGAAACAUUGUUCGGGGGACCGGUGGAAACCAAGAUGAAGAGGGAGCUGAAAACAUUGCCCUAAAGGGAAGAAGAUAAAAUGUAGCCUAACACCAUUCAAUAAACUAAAAACAUGACAUUACUGGAUAUAUCACUAGCUAAAGAGAAUCUUUAUCGAAUGUUAGAAACAAAAAAAUAUUGUGAGUCAGAACACAUUGCAGUUACUGUCAGUGCAUUGGGUAUAAGUUAUUGUGCCUUCAUAUGGAAAUUUACCAAUUGAUUCUAUCUUGUGUGGCAUUUUACCAAACAAAUUUGCAAUGAAAUGACCAAAACAUAAUUUAGAAAAACAGCCAAGACUUCAAGUAAGCAAACUUUCCAAAAUGUAGAAGUCGAGCAGUAUUACUGGAAUUAUUUACUGCAAUAUUUGUAAUAACAAUUCUUGUUGCGAAAAAGUGUAAAUGCUACUGUAAGUGUCUUACAAGGUGAAUGGAGAUUUAAUGAUCUGUACUCUUUUAAGUAUAUGCUUCGAUUCAUUUCCAACAAAUGGACAUAAACUACAAGGAAAGCUGUUGUUUUUGCAAAAUACCUUAGACUACAUGUAGCUGAUUUAUUUUCUGUCAUGAAAGAAUAUUUAUUUUCAUUUCUACAUAAGCUUGACAUCUAAAAGCUAAUACAUUUGGUGUUUUGAAAUAAUAUGCUGACCUUAAAAACUUUAGGAUUAAAUGUAUUUAUUCUCACACUCAAGUUAGAGGUGGCAAGUGUUUGCACAAGCCUUUGCACUAUUACAAACAUGAUUUGUAUCAGGGCUACAGAUAUGCUAUAAUGACCUAACAGUCACCCAAAGGUUCAACUGUGCCUUGAAAAUACUUCUACAUUACCAUUUCGGUUAUCCUUUGUUGUCUCAGACUUUUCAUGUGAAUGUGUUUUCUGUAAUGUGUUACACUGUUUUGGAAACAGAGUCUAUUUUGACAUUUAUCAGUACUGAACAUUCUUCUGUAAACUUUAAUUGUACUAUUCAAAUUAAGGAAUAUUUUAUUUCCCACACUAUACUUUCUGUUUAAACUGCAUGUUUAUAUUGAUUGAUUUAUCGCAUGUGUCUUAAAAAUAACAGGAUUUGGUGGGUGCCUGACUCUUUUGUGUUUUUCUACUUAAUAAAAACAGUUAUGACAGCUUA